AUGACAUCCACCAACACAUCCACACAAAUCUCCAACAAUGGCCUCAAUUACUAUCUGUUUGACUACUGGCGCGAAAUGGGUGACCACCGGACGGCCGACUACCCGCUCAUACGGGACGGCCCGUGGCUUAUGUUGACAAUUAUGACCAGUUAUUACAUCUUCGUCAAGAAGAUUGGCCCCAAUUUCAUGAAGAAUAGACAGCCCUUUGAGUUGCGGUCACUUCUGCUCGUCUACAACAGCCUAAUGGUCGUCGCAAACGCCUACUUCUUCAUGCAAUCCCUGCAAUGGAUUAAAUACGGAUCAGCUCUUCUGGACUUCCGAUUCCCGGCCAAAGACGACUACUCGCUGCCCAUUCAGCACCAGAUCUGGUCCUUCUACCUGUACUACAUCACCAAAUACGUGGACCUCUUGGACACCGUGUUCUUCGUGUUGCGCAAGAAGUACUCGCAGAUCACGACCCUUCACCUCUACCACCACACGGUGGUGCCCAUACUGGGGUGGAUGACCAUCUGGUACCGGUUCAACGUGCCGUCCAUCACACUGUUCGCCUUCCUCAACAGCUUCGUGCAUGUGGUGAUGUACUCGUACUACGCCCUGUCGGCUUUGGGGCCCUCCCUUCACCCCUAUCUCUGGUGGAAGCGGUAUAUAACACAACUACAGUUACUCCAGUUCUGUGCCUUUGGUAUCUACGGAACUCUCGUCAAGUUCCUGCACGUGGGCUACCCGUCCUUCGCCUUCUGGAUGGCCUACUCUCAGUCCAUACUUUUCUUCUAUAUGUUCAUUAAGUUUUACUUUCAGUCCUAUUGUAGGAAAUCCGCGAAACAAUCGUAA